AUGUUCUUUUCUUUUUUUCGCUCCAAAUUUCUUAAAAACAAAUACAAUGUCUACAGCUUAUUCGGCUGUCCACAAUAAUUCAUGCUUACCCUUUAUACAUACUUGGGUAAUAAAAGAAUUUCAACAUUUUUGUGAUAAACAAAAUUUAUUGCAUUUUAUAAUAAGUGAACCAUUUAAUUCUCCAGCUCCGAGUGAUUCAAAUAAUAAUAUUAAACUUGAAUAUACAUGGAGACUCGUUGCCGAUAUUGAAAAUAUUGGGGAGGACUUUUCAUUAUAUAUGUAUAUUGUAGCAUUACAAACAGAUUUUGAAAGGGAAAAAGAACUAAAUGAUAGGAUUUCAACAUUUAAGUUCAAAGUAUUUAAAAAUCAGAUACAUGGAAAUAUGAACUCAUUUGAAGAAUUUAUAAUGUUUAAUCAAAAUUCUUUUACUCAUCGAACAAAAUUUGGAAUUAAAAACGCACAUGGAGGAAAGUUAUGCAAGAUCAAUCAAUUAUUUCCAAAUAAUGAUACAUCUAUAAGUACAGAUAUUAUCAUUCGUGUUCAUAUAAAUGAAGUCGAAAAACCACAAAAUGACUUUAAAAAUAGUAUCAACAAAUCUUCAUUACUUUCUCAUUCAUUAGAACAAUUUUUUAAUAAUCCAUAUUUUAGUGAUAUUACAUUCACGUUUGACUGUGGUUCAGAAUUAAAGGCGUCUCGACUUGUCCUUGCAGCUAAAUCAACUUAUUUUAUGAAUAUGUUCACAGGUGAAUGGACGGAAUCAAAUCAGUCAAAAAUUGCUAUUAAAGGUGUAAAAUAUGAAUAUUAUAAGGCAAUGGUUUAUUAUUUUUAUAAUGGAUCUCUUGAUUCUGGUUUAAAUUUUGAUGCACUCAUGGGUCUGUUUAGUGAGGCUGAUAUGUGUCAAAUUGAAGAUUUGAUUGAAAUCGUUGCAAAUAAGAUCGUAGAAAUGAUUUCGAAUGAUAAUUGGCAUGAAAUUUUAUUGAUGGGUUGGCAAUCUAAUAACAAUAAUUUAAAAAAAGCAGGAUUAAAAUUCGUGCAUGAAAAUUGGUUGAAUAUAAAGGAUACUGAAAAUAUGAAAUUUAUAAUCGAAAACUUGAAUGUAGAAUGGAUGGAAGAAUUAAUGUCUGUGAGAUUUUUUGGAAUUAGUAAUUACUAAAAAUUUUAAUUUCACAUCGUAAUAAUUUUUCUUUAUUAACAAUUUUGAUAUUGGAUAUUUCAGAUUUUGAAUAAAAGAGAUUUUAUAGACGUAAAGUUGGAAA